AUGCCUUUCACCGCUAGCGACAUCUGCAAGAUCAUCCUUGCCAUCAUCCUGCCGCCUCUGGGUGUGUUUAUGGAGCGCGGCUGCGGUGCUGACCUGCUCAUCAACAUUCUCCUGACCAUCCUCGGUUACAUUCCCGGAAUCAUCCACGCUCUGUACAUUAUCCUGAAGUACUAG